AUGGACAAUAAUAGGAAGAAGGCCGAAGGCACCGAUGAUGCGCCUCUGAGACCUGUAUCAUCCCUUCUAUCUCACUUCGAACAUCUCUCGUUCUCUGGCAAUGGUUCGACUGGAAAUGGAGCACCACGUGAUAAUGCAUCCCGAUCAAAAGCGCAAAACUGGGAUAGUGUUCAGCCAACUAUUCGCGCAUCCCUAGAUAUACCUCGGCCAGCUUGGGGUGUUUCAAACGGCCCACGAAGCGAUAGCCCAGCAGGGUCCGCUAACGGAGGCUGGAAUAAUUCACAGCAUGAACGAUCACCAGGUGCCAUAAAUCGUUCUCGACCGACGUCAAUGAGUCUCCAGUCGCCACAGCUGACGCCAGCAUUGACUAUCGAAUCUCCUCGUUCUCCGCCUCCGUCGUCGGAUCUAGGCCACCGUGGUAACAAGAACUGGCAGUCGCUGGGCCCAGAUCAUUCAGAUCUAUCUCCGAAAUCAGCAUCCUGGCAAAAUCCUCAUACGUUGCGUUCUAAAUGCCCGGGUUCGCCCUUUGGAGGUUCUGUUGGUGUUCCGCAGUUAUCACGAGAACCAUCUCCGGUUGGUAAGCCAAAGAGCACAUCGGUUCCUCCUCCAGUCAACCGAGCAGAUAAACCAAAGGUGCCUGCUAAACCGGCGAAUAUCUCCCACUUCGGCAUGGGAACGCUGGCACCUGGCCACGGGAAGGACUUGAAUGACAACCGGGUUUCGCCAUUUAGUACUCCUCCCAGUAGUCCAGAGAAACCGCUCGUAACGGAAAGCACCAAGCCUAAAAAUACAUCUCACGUCUCAUUGUCUUCGCGCACAAUACCUGAGCCACUUUCAUUGCCGCCGCCGGUCGAUAGAGGUCCUCGCACGCCUACCCCAACGUUGCGCUCCUAUGUGAGUGAUUCUGUCUCGACAAAUCACAAAUCAGGGGCCGAUUCCCCGGGACAUUUAAGAUCAAUGAGCCAUUUUGCUCCAAGCACACGGGAUGCUCGUGAACUUGGAUUUACGAGCCGUAAAGCGUCCCAGGAGAGCGAUGUGCCUGAAAACAGGCCUACUUUACCACCUCGUGACGGACUUCGAGGAAGGCAGACCCGAAUUGUACGAGCACCGGAAUUUGGACAUAGUGACAUUCAACCUAGAUCUUUCGUUGAUUUACCUGUGAGGCCAACCAAGCCAACUACUUCAAAUCGUCCCCCGGCUAUUGAUACAAGCCAGCAAUUUGCCCCGCCGCCUCGCCGACACACAGCCGCCAUCGGUGGCAAGGCCACUUUAGAUACGCCGCAAACACCCAGCAGCCACGUUUCUCCAUUGCCUGAUUCAAAAACACUUCCCUCAAUGUCAAGACCACCACAGAGACAGGUUGUCGAUGACUCAGAAGAUGAAGGAUAUGCGGAGGACACGCUGAUACCCAGAACUGACUUCCCAGAUUCCUCUCAAGUUAACCGCCGACCUCCGGUUUUCAAAGAUGGGCCACUAUCAAUAUCUACCAAAUACGAUACACGUGUGUUCGAUGUUUGUGGGAACAAUGUCUGCACGACGGGUUAUCUGACUCGAGUUUGGGAUUUGACGACUGGAGAACAAAAGAUGAGUAUCAGUCACGGCGAGACUGUCAAAGCACUCUCCGUUGCUUUCAAGCCAGGCACCGGGCUCGGCGAUGAAGGCACUCGGCUGUGGGUUGGGACAACUGUUGGAGAGUUGCAUGAAAUAGACAUAGCCUCGCAGACAAUUGUUGCAUCCAGAUCAUAUCCAUCGAGACGGGAGAUCAUCAAAAUUUACCGCCAUAAGAAGGAGAUGUGGACUUUGGAUGACGAGGGAAAGCUUUUGAUAUGGCCACCAGAUGAAACCGGUACACCAAAUCUCAAGUAUAGUUAUGAUCAGCCCCCAGAUCGCGUUGCAAAGGGGCAUACGUUUUCCAUGGUUGUUGGCGAUUAUCUCUGGUUUGCUACUGGGAAAGAAGUGCGUAUUUAUCGACCAAACGCCCAGGAUGAUUCGUUCCAUGUCUUGAAGAAGCCUUUGGGAGCAAAUCACACUGGUGAGGUGACAUCUGGAGCACAUACCACGAAGGAUGGCGGGCGAGUUUAUUUGGGUCAUGCAGAUGGUAAAGUUACGGUUUAUUCCACUGCGGAUUACUCCUGUCUAUCCUGCGUCAAUGUAAGCGCCUACAAAAUCAACUCUCUGGCUUUUGUUGGGGACUAUCUAUGGGCUGCGUAUAAGACCGGAAUGGUUUAUGUUUAUGACAUAUCCACCUGCCCUUGGGUAGUUAAGAAAGAUUGGCGUGCUCAUGAAAGUCCUGUUUGUGGCCUUGUACUCGAUCCUAGCGGGCUAUGGACGAUCAACCGCUUGCAAGUUGUUUCUCUAGGCACAGACAAUUUCUUACGUUUGUGGGAUGGUAUGCUGGAGGAUGAUUGGCUCGAAUUGCGCAUGCAAGGAAGAGAUGUCGAAUACUGCAACUUCCGCGAGAUACGGGCUACUAUCAUGACUUGGAAUGCCGGGGCUUCCGUACCGCGCGAUUUGAGCAGUAGUUCGUUCAUCCAAGAGGCUAUUCACCCUGAACAGCCUCCUGAGAUACUUGUUUUUGGGUUUCAAGAGCUGGUUGAUCUUGAAAACAAGAAAAUCACAGCUAAAAGCCUGCUCAUGGGAAGUAAGAAGCGCGAAAACAACGAGAAAGAGCAUAUGAGUCGACAGUAUCGUGUUUGGGUAGAUCAUUUGACAUCAUGCAUAAACAAUGCUAUGCCCCUCGAUGAAUCUUACUCACUGCUUCACACGGCGAAUCUCGUUGGCUUGUUUACGUGUGUUUUCAUUAAGCAGACGGAACGCCAAAGGGUCCGUCAUGUCAGCGGGGCUGAGGUUAAGCGCGGAAUGGGUGGGUUGCAUGGAAACAAGGGUGCCUUGAUUCUACGGUUUAUUCUUGAUGACAGUUCACUAUGUUUUGUCAAUUGUCAUUUGGCUGCUGGUCAGACACAAACAGCACAUAGAAACAACGAUAUUGCCGCCAUUCUAGAAACGCAAUCUCUCCCCGCAGAAAACAGCCUUACGGCGCGCGCCGAUCUCUUUGUCAAUGGCGGUGAUGGGACUAUGAUCCUAGACCACGAAAUCUGCAUUCUCAAUGGAGAUCUCAACUAUCGCAUUGACUCCAUGUCACGCAAUGCGGUGAUUGACGCCGUUCGUCAAAACAACCUACCCAAGCUAUUAGAACGUGAUCAACUCCUUGCAUCAAAACGAAAGAACCCCAAUUUCCGCCUCCGUUCCUUCAAUGAAGCCCCCAUCACUUUCGCACCUACCUACAAAUAUGAUGUCAAUUCGGAUGAGUAUGACACGAGUGAGAAGAAGCGGUCGCCUGCCUGGUGCGAUCGGAUUUUGUAUCGUGGUGCGGGAAGAAUCAAGCAGAGCGAGUACCGACGACACGAAGUACGCGCGUCAGACCAUAGACCUGUCAGUGCUUCAUUCAAGAUGCGUAUCAAAACAGUGUCGCCACAGGAUAGGACAGCGGCGUGGGAGACAUGUCAAAAGGAGUUUACGAAGGAGAAGAAAAGACUGGCGUGCGAUUCCAGUGUGGAGUAUUUGGUCAAAGUACUUGGCAUGGACCGCGAAGAAGCACGGAGAGUUAUUACAUCUGGUGGUUCUAAAUAG